AUGUCUUCGAAAAUACAAAUAACUCCUCGUCGUUCACAUGAACGUGGUCAUGCUGAUCAUGGUUGGUUAAAAACAUUUCAUACUUGGUCAUUUGCUUCCUAUCAUGAUCCACGUUUUGACAAAGGUUUCGGUUGUUUACGUGUAAUAAAUGAAGACCGAGUUCAGCCAACAACAGGCUUUGGUACACAUCCACAUAGUGAAUAUGAAAUAUUUUCAUAUAUUGUUGAUGGAGAAUUACAACAUAAAGAUUCAAUGGAAAAUACAGAAGUAAUCCAUCGUGGCGAAGUGCAAUUCACAUCAGCUGGAACUGGUAUUCAACAUUCAGAAUAUAAUGUUAAUAAAUUACUUUCGGUCCAUUUUAUUCAAAUAUGGGUUAAACCAAAUCAAUCAAAACUUAAACCAUCUUAUACAACAAAGAAAUGGUCAGAUGAAGAAAAAUUAAAUAAACUUUGUUUAUUAAUCGAUGAUAUAAAAGAUUGUAAUGCAAAAACAAUUGCCAUUCAUGCACCAUUAUCUAUGUUUGCUAGUAUUUUACAAUCGAAUAAUUCUAUUAAACAUGUUUUCAAAAGAACAAAAGGGUAUAUUCAUUUAAUUAUGAGAAGUGGAUAUGAUGUAAGAAAUAGUGCAAAAAUUCGAAUUGGACAAGAUGUUAUAUUACAAGAAGGUGAUGGAGCAUUUAUUAAUUGUGAAGAGCUAAAUACUGAACUUUCAAUAGAAAAUAUUGGAUCGAUCAAUGCUGAGUUUUUAUUAUUUGAUCUUGAAUAA